GGAGCCCCAGGGGCCCCUAGUCCGGCUCCCCACCCUGAAGACAAGCAAGAGCCUUAAAAUACAUUACUGGAGGCCUGUCGCUGAGGCGCUUCUACAGGGCGUUCGGAGGAGCGGGCGGUGUUCGCGGGCGGAUACGGGGGCUUCUCUGAUUAUAUGAAAAGUUAACUUGGCUCCCGAGCGGGGCGCGUGGGGGGGUUGACAUCGUAGAGGACGGGCUCCUCUGCCAUGGGCUCGUUAUAGAGCGCCUGCCAGAUGCGUGUCGAACGGUGCCGAGCGGUGUGGACAGUUGAGUGACAUGUCCCGCUUCAACGCUACGACACAGUGAGGGAAAGAAGGAGGGACGGUAGCCACGAGUGAAGCAGCGGCCAGGCCAGUGAUGGAAGAGAAAGACACGGGGGGAAGCGAGCCCGUGGACCUCCGGUGUGCCGAGCAGGCUGAGCUGCUCUCAUUAAUAAUAAGCGGGGAGGAGGAAGCGACGCAAGAGGAGAGUGACUUGGGAGAGGAGGACGGCCUCGCCAAUGGCCACGGUGAGGAGGAAUCAGAGGCCGGCAUGGUCACACCUGUCAGGUCUCCAGGCACCAGCUACUGGAGCAUCACAGAGGGCCCGGACCACCCGCUCCUCCUCUCCCCAGCCCCUGGACCCUCCGGACGUAAACCCAGGGUCCAGAGGGCCUCGCGUCCCGGCCUGAGCCGCAUCCCUGGCCGUGACCACCGUCGCUAUUACCAUGAGUACUGGCGCAGCGAGUACCUGAUGGACUUUGACCCCCAGCGGCACGGGAUGAUCUGCAUGGUGUGCGGCAGCUCGCUGGCCACCCUGAAGCUCAGCACCAUCAAGAGGCACAUCCGACAGAAGCACCCCGACUCCCUGCUGUGGAGCACCGCAGACAAGGAGGUCAUCCGCUCGGGGUGGGAGAGCCACCUGAGCCUGGGGGGAGGUCAGAGGUCAUACAGUUCUGCUGCUGGGCCCUCACCUAAGAAAGAAGAAGAGCAGCUGGACUCAGACCAGCAUGCUGUCGAAGAGUCAGAAAACUCAAUCAAAUCAGAGCCCAACACCAAAGAUGGCGGGGUGGACCUCUUUGCUCAGGAUGUGGAGGCCAUCCAGAUCAACGCUGACUUGUACCCAGAAGGUGACGGCACUUUAACUCAGGACACCUGUCUUAUCGGUGAGGAUGGCGGUGUCGGAGUUCCGCAGCAGGGACCCCAGCCCCUCCGCCAGCCCAGGAAGAGGCGGCUGCGUGGGGGUGACCCCUGGCGACUCCGUCUCGACUACCUGGUGGCCUACGGGCCCCAGGGCCGGGGGACGUUCUGCAUGGUGUGUUCUCAGGUGCUGCACGAAUCCAAGGUCAGCAGCUUCCGACGCCACAUCCAGGAAUGUCACCCCGAGACCACAACACUGAGCCGACAAGAAAGGGAAGCCAUGGCAGCCGCCUGGACCAAAGAUUAUUCUAGUGAAGGCACACACAUUCAAGAUGCAGAAAUAAACUCGAGCGGAGAGGAUGUGCUAAACACCACAGGAGAGACGAAAGAGGACGCCUCCCCCGAUGUCAGAUCACCCAGCAAAAUGGUGAAGAAGGAAGAGGGCGUGAGCGGGAGCAAGGGUAAAGCAAGGGAAGGCGCCGCUGCAGCCACGCCCUCUCGUCACGGCCAUUACCCCGGGAAGGACCAGAGGAGGAACUACCAGGUGCGCUGGCGGAUGGAGUACCUGAUGGAUUACGACUGCCGCAGACACGGGCUAAUCUGCAUGGUGUGCGGAGCCACCCUGGCCACGCUGAAGGUCAGCACCAUCAAGAGGCACAUCCAGCAGGUACACCCACACUCUCUGGACUACAGUGCGGAGGAGAAGCAGCAGGCCCUGCUGAGCUACAACCAGACCGCGCUGCACUUCAUCCACUCCGAUGACUGCUUCUCCUCCCAGGACCACGGACACACCGAGCUGGCUCCAGCUGCAGCUCCAGCACACUUUGGCACUUAGAAAGGGCUUCCGUCCGUUGCUCCUCACACGGCCCCUGUUCAGAAACAGCCCUCCGCCCGCUUUCUUAAAGGGAAAUUCAAGUAGGUAUCAAACAAAGUCCCUUGUCCCCUCUGACCUUAUUCUUGCUAGAGUGGAAAUUUCUCAAAUCUCUACAAUACAGGUGCUGAGUAAAAUGUUAUUUCGAGCUGUUGUCGUAAUUAGGGCUGCACAUUUCAUCUAAAUAUUAUCAAAAUCGCAAUAUGGCCAAGUGCAAUAUCCAAAAAGCAGAAACUGUGGCAAACAGGAUUAUAAUGAAGUACUGCAGAGAUGUCCUGCAGAGAUGUCCUUUCGUACAUACCUCAACAGAUGUCACAUCAUCAUGGUUUGAAUACUUUUUUCAGUGAAAUUAAAAUUAUGUUUCAAAAAUGUUCACUCGUGAAUUGCAAUAUUGUUUAAAAUUAUCCCAAUAUGAUUUUGUUUACCAUGUCGUGUGCAGCCCUAGUCAUAAUGGACAAAAAGAAUGAGACCCAUUUUACAAAUACUGGAAUUUCCCCUUUAAAUCUGGAUCUGAGAGUACUGCUGUGGCAGGAAGCAGAGUAAAUGUCAUAGCCUAAAAAAUGAAAGUCCAGCCACUCAUUUGAAAGUAAAGCCUCAUCUGCACUGGGUCUGUGUCACCUGAGGACCUGGUGAGAUUCAGGAAAUGCGUUCACGUUUAUAGGGAUGCACAAAAUCUGCAUUUUGCUUAGAUUUACUAAAAAAAAAAAUUUUAUUAGGGCUAAAUCAAAUCAGCAUUGUGAUAGUGACAUUUGGCUAGUGCUAGCAUGUUCACGGCUAGCUAGCAUGUUAGCAGAUAAUCCACCAGGUACAGUAGCUCGCCAUCUAGCCUCGCAAGUAUUGGCUCGCUGAGGCCUCAUUAAUCUGCAUGGUGCUUUUGUGUAGAGUUCAACUGUGCUGGACUUUAACAAUCGAAUUUAUGCUAUAGAGCAACAGCAAACUGUGACUCAAGUGUUUACUUAUUGUCUAGUUAGCAAGCUCGCUAAUUGGCAGUUAUCAAGCCAGCUAGCUUGAUAAACUAGCAUGUUCCCAGCUACCUGAUAAGUUAGCUUGCCAGAGAGAACAACGAGAACUAGCCCUGCAAGAAGUCACUACAACGUCACCAAGCUUUUAGUGUUACCUAUUUAGCAAAGACACAAAUUAAUUUUGAAUUCGCACUUUCUAUCGUGCCAUGUUGAACCACCAUGUUUCUACAGAAUGGACAACCCAAACACUGGCUGCAGAUAGGGCCUUUUAACAUUUUUCAUACACACCCAUGCUCAGAAGGUGAGUGGUAUUCAGUUAGUUUCACCACUAGAUGCCACUAAAUCCUAUGCACUGGUCCUUUAACUCUCAGGUCCAGGAGGGGGCCCAGGGCUUGUUUCUGGUCGGGGCCAGAGUCUUACGCUCUCAGGAAGUUAGAAACAGAGUCUUCGGCGAGGCCGAGGUGAGUUAGUUUUAUGAUAAUGUGUCUGAAGACAAUGCAGCACUUUGUCCCCAAAAAUGUACUAAACCCCAGCGUUCCUUCUGUACAGCCAAUUGAAUGAGACUGUGUUUGAUGUUAUUGCUGAAGACAAUGAAUGCCAGCGUGCAGUCUAUUUAAUUCUUUGUUUACAGUGGAGGAGAAGGACGCCAUCCUCUCUCUCAUCCAUUAUAAUGAGAUAUGUUAUCUCUCUGUCAGUUUCCAUCGUUACUACACCGGCCUGCAUCCUUUUCAUCCUCUACAACUCAUUUUAGGUAAAACUGCACAAAAAGAAUAUGUAAAUAUAUGAAAAAAAAGAAUUAUUUUUCCUUUAUACAAGCACUUUUAUGCACCCUGGUUUCUACAAAAUGUGUUUGUAAUUAUGUCCAGUUUUUCUACUUCAGAGAAGAUUUCAGCAAUGAUGAUCUUACACGGCUGGAGAGCGGCUUGUUGGACGUUUGCUUUGAGAAGUUUGCUCCAGUCUCGGUACUGUUUCAUUUCUCCAUUCACUGUACAGAGUGUGUGCAACAAAAGAAGUUGAAGAAAAACUUGCAGCUGUCUAAGAAAGAAAAGUCUGCCAUAAAAUGUCACUUCUUCACCGGGAAAAUGUAACUCAGGGAUUCUGUUUUCAUCAGCAACCAUUUCAUCAGUGAUCUUGGCUGUUGACAUUUGAAGAUACUGGAUACGUGUCAGCUGUGGUUGUAUAGGUGAUGCUAUAAAUACGACAGAGUAUUAGGGCCACUGUUGAAGCAAAAACAAACAAAAAACUUUUUUGAGAUUUUGUUCAAAUAUUUUGUAAAUUAUAAUAUUACAAUUAGGUUGUAAUUUUCAGGUGUAGCCAUAAUAUAUGUAAAAAGUCAGUAUUUCAGUGUUGAUUCUCAAAUAAAGUUGUGAUUUGGAAAAAAAGCUAAUAUUUUGAGAAAAAAAGUAAUAUAUGAAGGAAAUGGUCAUGCUAGAGUGCAAGUGGAAUUUUGAGGAAAAAGAUCAAUACGAGAAAAAGUGGAAUACAAAAUACGGAAUUAACAUAUUUAUAUUUAAUUUAUUAUUUUGACAUAAAGUUGUCAUUUUAGAGGAAAGAAGAAAAACUAAAACAUGCACAUAUAAUUUUAUCGACGGAAUCCACUUUUUAGGUGGUAACGGCUACAGUGCAUGCCGCAAAAAAUUCCAAAAACAAAACCCCAGUGUCCCUAUUACUCUGUUGUACAUUGACAGAAUUUGCUCAGUUGAAGCUUUUGAUACUGAUGUAACAGUGAAGGACAAGCAGCACUGUGACAGCACAGAAACGGUGUCAUAUUCCCACUUUAUUGGUUCACUUCGGCUAAGAAUAGGCCCCCACAUCGCUCUAGAAGAGUUCUGACAUAGCACUUAAUUAUUUAAAAUGAAGUAAGUUACAGUGAAACGAAUGAUAAAACAUUUGCUUCUGUGUGUGUGUGUGUAUGUGUGUGUUUGUACUGUGUAUGAUGGUGUGGGGAGAGACCUGCUCCUCAUUUUUCUUCACUUUCACCUUUCAUCUGUACAUGGCCAACAUGUGACAUAUGUAUUCUCUCCUCCAUGAUCUUUGAAUAAAUACUCAACACCAUGAAA